AUGAAUGGUGAAUGCUCAGUGCUUGCUUAUGAUUGCAGAGGUCAUGGUCAUACAAUAACUUCAGACGAUUCUAAUUUAUCAUUGGAUAGAUUGAGUCAAGAUUUGGUGAAUGUAUUGAAAGCAAGAUUUGGUGAGGAUGUGAUUACAAAAAGAGAUAUAUUUUUAAUUGGUCAUAGUAUGGGUGGAUGUGUCGUUUCAGAUGUUGCUUCAAAAAGGUUAAUACCUUCUUUGACUUGUUUGGCGAAUUUAGACGUAGUUGAGGGAACAAUUAGGAAUUUGACAUCAUCCAAAGUUUCUGUUCCAAGUCUUUUCAAAGAGCAACGAUUUUCAGGAAGUGGCGGUAAUAAUAAUUUGAUAAAGUAUGUUUGGAUAACUGAUUUAGCAACUUCUCAAAAAUAUUGGGAAGGUUGGUUUACUGGAUUAUCUGAAAAAUUUUUAUCUGCCAGAGCUGCAAAAUUACUUUUACUUGCAGGAACUGAUCGAUUAGAUAAGCCAUUAACAAUUGCACAAAUGCAAGGUAAAUAUCAGUUAAUAAUAUUUCCUGAUGUUGGUCAUAUGUUACAUGAAGAUGCACCAGGAAAAACUGCAUCAACAUUGGUUGAAUUUUGGAAAAGAAAUGAAAGAUUGGUUUUACCUAUCAAGAAGCCGUAA